GCCCGCUUGACUGCAAGUGGCUGUUCGCUGAGGGACACGGGCAGCUAUGGUCUCAGACGAAGAUGAACUGAAUCUUCUGGUUAUCAUAGUUGAUACCAACCCAAUUUGGUGGGGAAAGCAAGCAUUAAAGGAAUCUCAGUUUACUUUAUCAAAAUGCAUAGAUGCAGUGAUGGUGUUAUUAGGAAAUUCUCAUUUAUUCAUGAAUCGUUCCAACAAACUUGCUGUGAUAGCAAGUCACAUUCAAGAAAGUCGAUUCUUAUAUCCUGGAAAGAAUGGCAGACUCGGAGACUUCUUUGGAGACCCUGGCAACCCUUCUUCUGAAUUUACUCCCUCAGGAAGUAAAGAUGGAGAAUACGAGUUGUUAACAGCAGCAAAUGAAGUUAUUGUUGAAGAGAUCAAAGAUCUAAUGACCAAGAGUGACAUAGAAGGUCAACAUACAGAAACUCUGCUGGCAGGAUCCCUCGCCAAAGCUCUUUGCUACAUUCAUAGAAUGAACAAGGAUGUUAAAGAUAAUCAGGAAAUGAAAUCAGGGAUAUUGGUGAUUAAGGCUGCAGAAGACAGCACGUUGCAGUAUAUGAACUUCAUGAAUGUCAUCUUUGCAGCACAGAAGCAGAAUAUUUUGAUUGAUGCCUGUGUAUUAGACUCCGAUUCAGGACUCCUCCAACAGGCUUGUGACAUCACAGGGGGACUGUACUUGAAGGUGCCUCAGAUACCCUCCCUUCUGCAGUAUUUACUGUGGGUUUUUCUUCCUGAUCAAGAUCAGAGGUCUCAGUUAACCCUCCCACCCCCAGUUCACGUUGACUACCGGGCUGCUUGCUUCUGCCAUCGAAAUCUCAUUGAAAUCGGCUACGUGUGUUCUGUGCGCUUGUCAAUACUCUGCAACUUCAGCCCUAUCUGCACUACAUGCGAGACAGCCUUUAAGAUUUCUCUCCCUCCUGUACUGAAGGCCAAGAAAAAGAAACUGAAAAUGUCCGCAUGACAGUAGAAAUUGUUUCCCCAUCACUUAGAGCUAUUAAUAGAAAUUAUACGACAGAAUCUUUGUUAGGAAGGCUCUG